ACUAUGAAGUAUUUGUUGGUUUGCAGCGUUGGCCUGGCGGGUAUCCUGCUGCACCUCCUGCCGCCAUCUCAGAGCACUUCGUAUGAAAUCAUUGGCGAUGAAAGGACUAUGAAUUUUAUUUGUGACGAUGAGGAUAAUCGUGGCAAUGUCCCUCUGCGUAAGAUCCUGGACACCAGCGGAGUCCACUUCGUAGUGGCCGAUGACAUGGAGACUCUGUACUAUACGGGUGAUGUGAAAAUGUUGGACAACUUGGUCCGAGGACCGAUCACUAUGGAAGUGGAUGUGUAUCGCUGGCAGCGAAGUCAGUGGCUGCCCACAGGACUAUCUCUAAGGCGGGAUAAUUUCUGUGAGGCCCUCAAGAACCCUCGAGAAAUUUGGUAUCCGAUUCUCACAAAAAUUGGCAUAAAUGUGAACUAUUGUCCUCCCAAAAAAGGGACUUCGUAUACCCUAACGAAUGUGAGCAAUCACGUCUUCGUUAAAAACAUGCCCUUCGCAGAUGUCGCCGGCGAUCUGAAGGCUGUGGUGCACUUUGGUAACGGUGGCAGAAAGACCUGUGUAGUAAUUUACCUCAAGGUCUACACCCAUUGAGGCUUUUGGAGGCGGUUUGUGGAUCUGGGAGAUGGGAAUCCGUUUCUCUGUUUGCAUAGUUUACGGCACUAGCUCUGCUCGACUUUUUAUGGCCAGACUUUGUCAUGUUUGCUUAGCUUCAAUGGCGCGUCCCCUGUUUAUGGUUAAAUAACUAAAUGAUUUGCAAA